GUGAAGCACAAAAACACAAUAACAGUUGGGAGGGUUGCUUUGUAUCCCUAUACCCACACCCACACCCAACCGGCCAUCUCCCAUUUUCCUCAGUAUUACGACCUGAUGCGACGUUGGCAGCGCAAUCAGUCGGAGGAGGCCAGCGGUGGCGAUGACGGCUCUGCGAUGGGGAAAGGUCGCUCGUCGUCGCGGCACCAGCAAUUCCACGAUCGCAUAAUACCCGCAUGUUGAUGACCUCCAGGACUCUCCGGCCUCCUCCCUCCAGGCGUACUAUUGUUCAAGAUAGUGUGUGUGACAUAUGUGGGAACGGGGAGGAAGAUGAAUAUCAUGUUGUUAUAUCAUGCACAAAAAGUAAGGCGUUGAGAUUUGCCAUGAGGAAAGAGUGGAGGCUUCCAGAAGAAAAGGAGUUCUGGUACACUGGAACAGACUGGCUACAAAUCCUACUGGAAAAGUAUGAUUCAGAGAUAAGAAAGAAAAUUCUGCUGUUGUUAUGGAGAGCCUGGUUUCUACGAGAUAACUGUAUCCACAGUGAUGGCAAAGAAACCAUUUCGAGAUCGGUGAUGUUCCUUGUGCAGUAUGAGGAGGAAAUCAGGAAUUUGUCGCUAUCUGUUGUUGGACAGGGAAACAAGAGUUGCUGGUCCCUGUCUGCAUCUAUGCAGACACACCACACCUAGGAAUCAGCCGAACGCCGAGCCAAA